AUGGUGACCUUCUUCUCCCUCGACGACGUCCCAGUUUGGAAAGCUGCACUAGUAUUAUCGGAUUUUAUAUUGCAUAAAGCAUCAUGUUCCUCUGAACUUCAUGGAGUUAUUGCAUUAGAGCUUGGCGCUGGAACUGAGAUGUUUUUGAUGUCAAGUUUUGGAUCAGGUUUAGUGGGUAUAUUACUUGCUCGUGUUGCGAAUACAGUGUUCCUAACAGACUAUGGGACUGAAAUACUUGACAACUGUGCAAAAAAUGUUCAGCUUAAUUUUGGAUUAUUGAAUUAUGAAGCCAAAAUUCAUGUACGCGAACUUGAUUGGUUCAAUCGCUUGCCUCCAAAAGCAAAAGUAGAAGAGGCUCCUUGCGGUCAAAAGUAUUCUUGGACUUCCGGAGAAAUUGAAGCAGCAGACAAUGCUUCUUUGCUGGUGGCUGCUGAUGUUAUUUAUAGUGAUGAGCUGACUGAUGCAUUUUUCAGUACCUUAGAAAGAUUAAUGUCAAGGGGUUCAACAAAGGUGUUAUACCUGGCGCUGGAAAAGCGCUACAACUUCUCGCUGUCAGACCUUGAUGUUGUUGCAAAUGGAUAUUCACAUUUUCGGAGCUAUCUUAGGGAUGAGGAUGAAAGUGAAAAUCUCGAGUCUGGAAGCAUGUCUAAUUUUGUGGGGAAGCGGAUGGACGUCUCUCAAAUUCCACAGUAUGUUGGAGAAUAUGCUCGAGGACGUGAUGUUGAGAUUUGGCAGAUCACGUACUUCAAAUCAAAACAUGAAGCCUCUGUUGCUCAAGGGUAA